AUGAUCACACUCGCUGAACAUAACCCUAACUGCGAAAAGAAUGAACCUGCACCAUCACCUGUAGGGUUCAAAAACGUUCCUUCUAUUACAACACCCAUUGAACUGACUGUACAGGGUUACAUUCCCGCUUGGGUGAAUGGUGUCAUGUAUAGAUCAGGUUCUGGUCGAUACAAUUUACUUAUGGAUAAUGGAGACACCUUCCAUAUUGGUCAUCCCUUUGAUGGCUUGGCUAUGCUUCAUCGAUUUGAAAUUCAAGGUGAAUCACAAACUGUCAAGUACAAUUCUCGGCAUACUUCUCAUGGUGUUGAAAGGAGAAUACGACAAAGGGAUCCAACCUUGCUUACUUUCGGCCCUGAUCCUUGUAAAACUAUUUUUGGACGCAUGCAAACAGUGUACCAUCAUAUUUCAAAGUUUGACACAAACGCUGCCCUUCAAGAAGACGAUCCAGAAUUUGAUAUGGUUAAUGUAACAAUCACGCCUAAUUUUCCUCUUGGCGAAAGUUUAGAAAAAGAAACUGGUAUAAAGAGAGGCGAAGCUCUAGUAGUAAAGAGAGAUGCUAAUACAUUGCAAGUUGUUGAUCCUGAAUCUUUAAAACCUAUCAAAAUGUUUACUUAUGGACAUGUCAGUAAGAAGUUACAAGGUCAAUUGUGCGCAUCCCACCAUCAAUACGAUGAGGAAACAGACGAAUACGUUAAUUUUAUGGUAAAAUUAGGGCCUUUCCCUACUUUUCAGACAUUUACCCUUGGGCCUUAUUUACCUUCCCCCCCGGGUGAGAAAGAACAGAUGCCUGCACCUGAACCCACACUACAUCAGCCUAUCUGGCGCCACCUUGGUGCCUGGAAAACCAUGGAAGCACUCAAGCCCUCUUAUAUUCAUUCCUUUAGCAUGACGAAGAAUUACAUUAUCAUCCCCAACUUUCCUUACUAUUAUUCUUUUGGCGGUCUUUCUGCUAUUUACUAUUCUUGUGCAUACCAGACCUUCUACUGGGAUGAGACUCGUCACACACUCUUUCACGUAAUUGACCGUCAUACCGGGCAACAUGUUGCUACAUACGAAGCUGAUCCUUGCUUUGCUUUCCACACUGCAAAUGCUUGGGACGAAGACGUAGAACUUCCUGGAGGCCGUCGUGAGCGCGUUAUAUACAUGGACUAUUGUAUGUAUGAGAAUACUGAUAUCGUUGAUGCCAGCUUUGAGCUUGGUAAAACACCCACAGGAAAGCUCGAUCUGGAUCAAGUACAACCAGCCCGUUAUGUCUUUGACAAAAACACACAUCAUAAAAAAGAACAUCAAAUUGCUCCUUCUCAAUUCCGUCGAUAUCGUCUUGGUCAAGUACCUAUUACUGAAUCCAGCGCUAAAAAAUGGACACCAUCGUGGAAGAAUAUGUUUGACUUUUCAAAAUGGACAAAGUACAACAAGCGCCGUGUUGCUUCGUACACAGUCAUAGGUUAUGAUUUAGAAAUGCCCCGUUUCAAUUCUCGGUUUAAUUUGAAGCCUUACCGCUAUUGUUGGGGUGUCUGCGAAUCACGUCAUGCUCCUUCGUAUGCUUCUGGCUCGGUGGUAAAUGGUUUAAUCAAAUUGGAUCUGAAUAAUCCUUAUAUGGGCCCUAAUACAGACCAGGAUGCGACUGCAAAAAUAUGGGACGAACCUGGUUGUUCAUGUGCUGAACCUGUGUUCAUACCAAAUCCUGAAGGAACCGCUGAAGAUGAUGGUGUAAUUGUUUCUAUUGUGAACACAACGUUAGAUAAUGGCAACGAGUCGUGCUUUAUUCUUAUUCUAGAUGCGGCUACUAUGGAAGAGUUAGCGAGAGCAACAAUAGGCUCUUUCAACGCCGUUACUUUACAUGCUAGCUUUGUGGAUAAUUACGGCAGAGGCGUCUCGGUGAACUAA